CUCCCUCAGUCAUGUAGGAGCCGCGAGUUUGAUAGCACGCAUUUUUUCGCGCUCCUCAUUUGAAACCUCAAGGUGCUACCUACUUAGUCACUAACAUUACGUAUGCUACAGUUAAGUGUAGAUUUCGCGUGGAGCAUUUUUGUACUGCAGUGAAGCGUGUAAAACACUACAGCGACAUAACUCCAUUGGAAUUUAGCGGAGACGCUUCUGUGACUGUGAUCAAGUGUAACAGAAAUUUUUCAGUGUUAACAUUUUUCCCAAACAACGAACCCUCCUGGAACGACGGUUAACUCUGUACUCAAGACUGCAGAUUCCCAACAGGAACUCAAACGAAUUUUAAGUGCCAUUGUUGUGUACAAUUGGAUCCUAGUUUAGACUCCAGCGGCCCCAAAGUGACCUGUCCAGCCUUCUACAACACUGCCAAAUUGGUUGACCUGAAGUGGCUGCGUAUCAUAUUCCUGUGUCAAUUCCACACCUCGGCUGCCCCUACAAACCUGACCUGUUUUGCCUUUUGGGGCGACCUUGAAGCAGCCUAAGUGACCCCCUAACCCCCCUCCAGGAGGUAGCUCAGGUCACAUGCAACGACGUGUGUUCCGGUGAAUGCUUAACUGACGUCUGGUUGGAUCAUUAAAGUUGUGGUGGCGGUAGAGUGCGCUCUGUAGUGCCGUCGGACAUGUGGACCGCUUAGUAAAGGUAGUGAACAUUAACUAGUGGGGAGUUGUAAGCAUCAUGGCUGGAGUUAGCACCAUGUACGCCCCAUCAUCCUACACCGACUCCAUCAGACUCUGGAAUAUUGCCAGCGCCUUCAACUACCUCUCAGGCGACAAGAGCGGGAACGACAAGGGUGUAAGCCCCCAAACGCCCACAGACGAGGCCGCCACACCCACCAACGCAACUAUUAGCCCGCCCUCCGAUGCCCUAACACCCACCUCCGAUGCUACCAUGGGAGAUGAGGGGGACUUCUUGAAUGGUGCAAGCGUGCCGUGUUCGGUGUGCCACAAGAAAUUUGCGAACAUCCAUCGCCUACAAAGACACAUGAUCUCUCACCAGGAGUCCGAUGUGCUGAGACGGUUCAAGUGCGAUGAGUGUGGCAAGGCCUUCAAGUUCAAACACCACCUGAAGGAACACAAGAGGAUUCAUAGUGGUGAAAAACCUUUUGAAUGUGAGCACUGUGGCAAGAGGUUCUCCCACUCAGGCUCUUAUUCUUCUCACAUGUCCUCCAAAAAGUGCCAGCUUGGACGUGGCAGGACCAAUGGGCUGAUGCCACGUACAUCUCAACAGUUUCCAGGGCCCCAUACCAAGCGGCCACUUCUUAAUGGAUCUUAUUUGCCAAUCCUACCCAAAGACAAGUCUCCGACCCCUUCAGCAGAUCUUGGCUACUCUUCCCCUACACGCCCCAUUUCCAGGGACUCCCUCCUCAUGUCUCCUCCAUCACUUGUGUCUCCAAGUGGGCUCAGCAGUUCCAGUCUGACUGCAGGUCUACCACAGGGAUUUCACCAGGGUUUACCUCAAGGUCUUCCAGGCAAUCUACAUCAGAGCCUUUCACCCUACCACCCUUUCAAUUCCCUCAUAUUGGCUGCACAGCUGCACCCUCAGUAUUCAUCACUGCUGUCUCUUACUAUGACCCAGGCAGCACUCAACAAAGCUCAGCAGGAAGGCAAUGAAGAAAAGGAUCACAGUGAAGAUGCACCACAGGAAGAUGUUGAUGAUGAUGACAGAGAGCCAGGUGAACUCGUCAUCAAGGAAGAGACAAGAGACGAGGAAGAAGAAAGAGAACUAGAGCAUGAAGAAAGUGCACAAGAAGAAAAGGAUGAAGCUCCAGUUUGCAGUGAUAAGGAAGGCAUGUCCACACUGAAGAAAAUGUUAGAAAGUGUAAACACAAGUGUCACAAAACAUCAGUUUGAGGAAACAGUAUCAUCAGUUUCGCAGGGCUUUGCACUGAAUUCUGCAGCCAUAGCUGAUGAUCUUUCUUGUAGGCUGUGUGGCAAUAUCUUCAGAAACCACAGUGAAGCCUUUCUUCAUGCCUGUCGCCAGUGUCCACGUCUUCCUGAGGUUACCUCUGCAAAGGGACAUCUAAUUGAGGGCCUGGCAGCAAGGCUACAUGAGUUGGCAGAAAACCAAAAGCCUCAACACCACCAACAGCAAAGACAACAGCAAUCUCUGUACACACCUCACUCCCAGUAUGUGCACAGUAGGGUUAUUUUGAACAGGGAUGAGGAGAGAGAUGCUGAUUCUGGCCAUAUUGUAGAUGAUGAAGAGACCACCAGUGAUGGAAAGAAGGUUCGUGUACGUUCUCAUAUCCGUGAGGAGCAGCUCGUGGUCUUGCGUGCUCAUUAUGCCAUUAACCCCCGACCCAAGAAAGAAGAAUUGCUUAACAUUGCUGAAAAGAUUGGUUUUCCGGUUCGAGUAGUACAGGUGUGGUUCCAGAAUGCUCGAGCCCGUGACCGUCGUGAGGGUCGUUCCAUUACCCCAACUCCAACGUACUCCCAGGCCAGUUACACCUCAAGUUACAGUAAUCCUAGCCACACCACUUCCAGCUAUACACCUCCAAGCUAUGCUUCUACCACCUGUGCUCCGCCCACCUCUCAGGCUAAUUCCAAGGCCUUAAGCAUUAGCCCCUAUUACCCGUCCUUGAUGGGGGCACCACGUCAGGUCUACCCACUUCAGAAUGGUCGUGAUUCACCAAUACAUUCUGAUGGAGCAGAUGACAACGAUGAUGACCAACCUCUUGAUCUCUCCACUAAAAAAUCGUCCCCAUCAGCAUCGCCAAAGCCUGCUUCUGUUUAUUCUGAUUCAGAUGCAGAUUCCACUUCAUUGGCGAUCUCUUACAAAUCUGAAUCUCGCACACCUACACCCAAUUCUCUCAAUAAUAAUAUAGCAGAACCAAAAGAAUCAAGUGGACUAACUGUGACUGGUUUGCCCUCUAUGAUCUCUGAACAACAUUGCAAGUUGGCACAGAUUCUCCAUGGGGCAAAACUUGGCUUGCCAGCAUUGUACCCUGACCACAUGGAUUCUAGUGAUAAGCGACCGAGGGAUGAUGAUAGUGGUGAUGAAAGUCGCAAAAGACGUCGUGAUGAGGAGGGUGGCAUUUUUCAGUGUGACCAGUGUGACAAGUCCUUUAAUAAGCAAUCAUCCCUUGCCCGCCACAAGUACGAGCACUCAGGCCAGCGCCCAUUCAAGUGUGAUCUCUGCCCCAAAGCAUUUAAGCACAAGCACCAUCUAACUGAGCACAGCCGACUUCAUACAGGAGAGAAACCUUACCAGUGCCACAAGUGUCUCAAGAGGUUCUCUCACUCAGGCUCCUACUCUCAGCAUAUGAACCAUCGUUAUUCAUAUUGCAAGCCCUAUCAUCCUGAUGGCACUGCCCAUCAUUCAGAGUCAUCCACUCCCGUCCCCUCACCAUCUGAUAGUGGCGUUGGUAUUAUUAGUAGUUCUGGGGAAGGUGUGUCUGUCAUUGUUACUGCCACAGCUGAUUCACUCCAUACAACACCAGUCAUCCCAUCCCUUGUCUCCUUAGUAGAAGAGUCGUCUGCAAACUCCUCGCCUGCCAUGCCCCUUGAAGCCCUCGAGACCACACCUACUACUGUAAAAGAAGAAGUUGUGGCGUAAAUCUGUGAAAAACUUCAUGGAUUAAGCAAGUUAAAUACUGUAUUGUGAUGCAAAGAAUGUGUGACAACGAACAGAUGUUAAGAAAAAUUCCUAUAAAAUUAAAUAAAUAAAAAAGUGACUUGCAGUGGCAUGUCUAUGAUCAAAAUCAGUGAUGAAGACUUUAAAGUAUUUGAUGUUUCUUAUACUUGACAUAUUGUAAAGAAGGAAGCCUGCAUGCUUGGUGUGCAAUAUGUCGAGUGAUGUGCUACUUACAUUGCUAGAUUUACCUGGACAUACUAUGCAGUGUUUCUUUGUUAUUUAAAAUGAUUAUUAUUAUAUUUACUUUUGAAUAGAAUUAACGUGAAUUCGCAUGUGCCAAUCACUUUUAUCUUCACUUAAGAAAACUUUUUAAGGGGUCCGUAAGGCUGGAACCUGGGAAUGGGACAGCCACUUCUUGGUCCCUAUCUUUCUCUAUCUCUGUCUUUCUCAUAGUUCUGUAGUUAUGAUAGCUAGGCGUUGAACCAAGGCGGGUUAGGCCCUUACACCUCCAGCCAGUACCUGUCCAAUACUCAAGUGUAGUGUCAGAGUGUAUUGCCACAUGGAGAAGCAGUGUUGCCAAGAAAGAGUAUAUUUAUAUUUGAGAGAUGAAUUUGUAUUAAUAUUGUAGAAGGAAUAUAUUAUUAUGAAAUAUUUUUUAUGUUUCACUUUCUUUUAGUAGCCUGGAGGUUUGCAAUUAAUGAUAUUAUCUGUUAAGCACUCCUAAAAGAAAGUAGUUUCUGAAGAGUAGUGGGCAACACUGUGGUGAAUUAAGAAGAUGAGCAGGUAUUCCGCUGAUAAAUCCACUGUCUUCCAUAAGCGUACUAGGAACCAUACACGAUUCCCAGCGUCUAGUACUAGUGGAUCCCUCGUGCCUCGUGCCAUCCUUAUUAGUGACACUAUCAGCUACCCUGGCCCUUGACAAAUUAGUGUAAAAUUUAUUGCUUAACUGAAAGACAAAAUAUAAACUUUCUGUAAAGGUCCAUUGUGGCUGGUUAUGUCAUACUGUUAGUCCAAAAUAAUCUCAACAUGUGCAAUCUUUCUAUUUUCUAGAUUUCCAAGGCAUGCUAUGUAGUUCUAUCAUUUUUGGAACAUUUCUGAAAGUUCUCUUGUACCUCUUUGCUUCGGUUAUUCAAGUACUGUACUGGCAGCAUGAUCCUUUAACAUGUCUGCCGCUGCAUUGUUAGUCAUAUUGCUAGUCUAGUUAGUUUUCUGUUGACUUAUUACAAUUGGCACUUGAUUAUCUUGCAUCUUUGAGCUUUCAGGAAAUAAUUUCUUCUUGCUACUUUCUAUACUGUCAAACGAAAUGCCAGUUUAACUUGGUUGUAAGCAACGAUUGUGCCAAAAUGACUACUGGAGAUUUCUAAUAGGAUCUUGUUAGGAAUGUGGAUAACAUUUAGAAUUUUAUUUUUAUCAAGUAUACAUAUGCAAAUUUAUUUUGUAUAGAGACCGUACUUCACCACAAUAGUGUACCAGAGUGCUUCCAUAUCACCCUGAGCCGGGCCCAAGGCUAUACACAGAGUAACGUCCAUGACAGGUGACUAACUGGCAGCGUCGACCACUAAGGCUCCCAGUCAAAGUCUUUCACCUCCUCACUUCCUUUAGAGUCCCACACAAGUUCACCGUGAGAGGGCUCCACACAGGUGGCCUCAGAUUGCCAUCUUUCAUACAAGUCAGGGGCUUUCUUGCGGUGUUCAUCCUCAACUAAUCACCAUCCUAUUGUCACGUGACCCCCACCCGGCCAAUAGCAUUCCUAUAUUUCACCCAAUAAUCCUGUUCUCUCUCGUCUCCUGAUUGGUGGCUUCACUUUGGUCUCUGUACUCUUCGGGGAACUCUGGAAUUUGAUUGGCUAAGUGAGCACCAAUAGCAAGGAGGUUUGCAUUCAUUACAUUCCCCUUUGCUGUUUGUUCAUCCAUAACCAUUUUUAGGAAGUAAGUACAUUUUAAUUGGAAAUGGCGCUGUGACUGCAACGGACAGCAUGACAACAGGGCCAUCAUGUUUGAACGGUGUCGUGCCUUUUCAUAUCUCUGUGGAAUCUCACUGUGUGUAUAUGCAUGUAUUUAUAUGUACAGUAUAAUUAUACAUAUACACAUACAUACACAGCUAAGGGGAUACAUACAUAUACACAUACAUAUACACAUACAUAUACACAUACAUAUACACAUACAUAUACACAUACAUAUACACAUACAUACACACACACACACACACACAUACAUACACACAGAGCUAAGGGGAAUGUCCUACAAAGAAAGGUUAAGGGAAAUCAGCCUGAUGACACUGGAGGACAGGAGGGUCAGGGGAGACAUGAUAACGACAUAAAUACUACGCGGAAUAGACAAGGUGGACAAAGACGGGAUGUUCCAGAGAUGGGACACAGAAACAAGAGGUCACAAUUGGAAGUUGAAGACUCAGAUGAAUCAAAGGGAUGUUAGGAAGUAUUUCUUCAGUCAUAGAGUAGUCAGGCAGUGGAAUAGCCUAGAAAGUGAUGUAGUGGAGGCGGGAACCAUACAUAGUUUUAAGAUGAGGUUUGAUAAAGCUCAUGGAGCAGGGAGAGAGAGGACCUAGUAACAAUCAGUGAAGAGGCAGGGCCAGGAGCUAUGACUUAACCCCUGCAACCACAAAUAGGUGAGUACAUACAUACGUACAUACACAUAUACACACACACAUACAUACAUACAUACAUACAUACAUACAUACAUACAUACAUACAUACAUACAUACACACAGACACAUACACAGACACACACACACACACACACACACACACACAUGCACGUACGUAUAUAUUGUAACAUACAUAUACACACAUUGAGCGCAAAGAAUGCGUUUAAAGUUCUGUGGAUGGUAAAACGAAAGAUGUUUGCAUUCUCAAUAAGCAUUCCAACGUAGCUGCUAGAAGUGACUUUCAAUGUGUGAUAUAAGAAAGAUCCCUUACAUGUCCAUGACUGCGCGGAGAAAUUUAUUUUUUGUCCCAUUUGCUCUCUCGACAUUUCCCUCCAAAAUAUGGUAUUCCAUUUUAUUAUUCCGUAGUAGCCUAAACUAGACCUAGAUUUUUUCCUAUUAAUGUCCGAUCUUUGACUUUACUGUGGUGUAUAGGCUUGUGCAGUUUUUAUGAUCUCGCUACAAAUGCUCACAAAUCUCUGCUUUCAUAUGGAGAGGAAAAAAAAAAGUAAAUUUUGAAAAACUGAAAACUGAGCACGGGCCUAGACCCCUCACUUUGGUGCCAGAUUUUGCGGUUCUGUCCGGGCUGUAACAUUUCAUAUAAGGAAUUUUAUAAAUGUAAUUAAAACAAAGCAUGUUUUUAAAAGAAUGUCUAAUGUAUAUGUAUAUACUGUGAACAAAUUAUAAACAGUUAUUUUGUAUUUAAAAUUAACCAUUUGCAUUUACAAGAACAUAUACAGUUCUUAUGAGCAACAGAAAGUAAGGAUCACUCUUAUGCUGGUGGACAGAAUCGUCAACUGGCUUCCUUGCCUUCCACCCUCCUUUCUCUCAGUGUUACCUACAUCACUCUCCAUAUUGUGUGUUUGUGUGUCUCUUUAUCCAGUUCCUUCACUUUGAACUUGGAACACUAUGGAAAACCUUAUAUAGUUCAUCAUCCCUUGUCUUUAUAAGUGAUACACAUUUGACUAUUAAACAGGAUGCUUUCAAGUACAAAGAACAUAAGAGACCCCCAACUUGAAUGUAUUAAAUUACAGACAGAUAGAUGGCAUCUUUUCUAUGUCACUUAUUUCAGUGAAAAAUAACGUUCCUACUACGUAUGUAUGUUUUUGGUCUAUUCCAAUUACAUUGUGCUUCCGUCAUAUAUAGAUAUAUAUAUUAAAAAGUAAAGUCAACCCUAUUCCGAAUGUCAAAACAAACAAGCAGUGCAAUAGAAGUCACUAAAUAACAUUAUAUCUUUUCUCCCUUCUCUCAUCAUAUUCCAAAUUAGAUUAUAACGGUGAUUUGUAUCUUAUUGUAGCUAGACAUAAGCCUAAGGUUUAUAUGAUUACCUUAUUGUAUAUUUUCUUGUACUGAUAAAUAAUACUAAUAAAGCCAACUAUUGAACACACUCAUUGGUUGCCCCUGUCUGAUGUGAUGGACUGACUGGAGUCGUAUUGUAAUGCCCCAGUGGAGCAGUCUUCUAUUUAAGGAUGUGUCAUUUUACCACAAAUUUUCAAUUGUCCAAUAAAGACAAAAAAAAGGAGAAAUUUUUUAGAGGUUUCUCUUACCAAAUGUUA